CGCUACUGCCGGCUAGUGUCGAUUUUUAUUGGUCCGAGUCGCGCGCAGCAUGUUAAUUGACAACAACGGACGGUAGCUGGCGAAUGAUAAAAUAAACGUGCGCCGAUCGAAGCAGAAUCGAGGAUCCAGGACCCGCCCGCUCUCAAUAGCAACCGAGGAUUCCCGAUACGGAAGCCAAAGAAACGGCGAGGAACCGAAAAACAGUGGGGGCCUUGGAAUUAAUCGAAUGUUGCGCAACCUUCUGUCCCCGCAUGUACUUAGCCACCGAACCGAUUCCGAUUCCGUACCAGCAACCACCUAACAACAACCACAUCACGCCAUCCAUUCACUUACAUCUGAUAAUCGAAUUUAGUUAGGCGAUGAAGAAACGCUCCAAUUCACGUGGCACCCCGCCGAAGGGCGAUGUGGUCACCUCCUCCUCAUCCUCCGCCGCCGGCGAUGCCGAGGGGGAUCAUCCUGCCUACAAAUCCGGUGCGGCCAGUGCCCCGGCCACGCCCACAAAGCGACGGGAUGGCAGCGAUGGGAGUGGCAGCAGUGCGGGCGCCAGGCGGAAACGCAAGGAGGAGAUCGCUCAGACUUUUGUGAUCGUUAACGAACGUCCCGUGGACGACAUUUCACUGGACUUCUUCUACAAACCCCAUACCAUCACCCUGCUGGCUGUAUCAGUGCUCGCCGUUAUGUACUUCGCAUUCGUCAGAAACGAGGCGAACGUGGAUGAGAAUCUCUGGGCCGGCCUUCUUUGCAUUGUGUUCUUCUUUUUGAUUAUUUCGGUGAUUGCAUUUCCCAAUGGACCCUUCACGCGUCCCCAUCCCGCCGUCUGGCGGAUUCUAUUCGGAUGCUCUGUGCUGUAUCUGCUGACGCUGCAAUUCCUUAUGUUCCAAAAUUAUCCGACUAUCAGGAGCAUAUUUUACUGGAUCGAUCCGAAGUUGAAAAACUUCCACAUCGACAUGGAAAAGGAAUAUGGCGUCAAUUGCUCGGACAUCAGUUGGGACCGUGUAAAGGGUCAUCUGGACGUCUUCGCCUGGGGCCAUUUCCUGGGUUGGGCCUUCAAGGCCAUUUUGAUCCGUCACAUGGGCAUUCUGUGGGCCAUCUCCGUGAUGUGGGAGAUCACCGAGAUCACCUUUGCUCAUCUGCUGCCCAACUUCAUCGAGUGUUGGUGGGAUGCCCUCAUCCUGGACGUGAUCAUCUGCAACGGUCUGGGCAUCUGGAUGGGCUUAAAGAUCUGCCAGAUCCUCGAGAUGCGCGAGUACAAGUGGGCCAGUAUUAAGGACAUAUCCACCACAACGGGCAAAAUCAAGCGUGCCAUGCUGCAGUUUACGCCAGAGAGCUGGUCAGCCAUCCGCUGGCUAGAUCCCAAGUCCACGGCGAUGAGAUUCGCCGCCGUCAUUCAGCUGGUGAUCUUUUGGCAGGUCACCGAACUAAACACAUUCUUUUUGAAGCACAUCUUUGAGAUGCCGCCGGAUCACUUUAUUGUGAUCGGUCGCCUCAUAUUCAUCGGACUGUUUGUGGCGCCUUCGGUUAGGCAAUAUUACGUAUACGUCACCGAUACGCGCUGCAAGAGAGUCGGCACCCAGUGUUGGGUUUACGGCGCCAUCAUGGUCUCCGAGGCCAUUCUGUGCAUCAAGAAUGGCAAGGAGUUGUUUGAGCGCACGCAAGCCAUCAACAUUGUCCUGUGGCUGACUAUCCAAGUGAUAAUCUCGGUGGCAUUUGUCUACGUAGCUGUCUAUUGGCAGCAAUGGCAGCUGAAAAAGGUUUCAUCUACGCCCUCGAAAAGUACAGAAAGUAAUCCUGCCAUCUCAUCUUCGCCUUCUAAAGGUAAAUUGUCACCGAAGAAAGAGAAGAAAGUAAAGUAAGCACUUGAUAAACAAACAAAAACUUGAAAGCUACAAAAACAAAAUGGAUCAGGCCAUUCUAUAAAAGAAAAACCAAAACAAAGAAGAGAAUUAUGUACAUACACUUAACAAAAAACUGUACUGAUUAAAUUAAAUACAAAACGUGUAAA